AUGGAUAAUACAAAUGAAUACUUACUUAAAUUUAAAGGAUACAAUUUUGAGAAAACUAUUGUGAAAAUUGAGCAUUUAGAAACUAUGGAAGACUUUGAAAUUAGGGAUGAUGAUGUCUUCAUAAUCACUUAUCCAAAAUCUGGUACCAUCUGGACUCAACAUAUCCUCAGUUUGAUUUAUUUUGAUGGCCACCGGAACAGCACUGAAAACAUCGAUACAAUGGACAGAGCACCAUUCUUUGAGUACAAUAUUCAUAAUAUAGACUUUGUCAAAAUGCCUUCACCUCGAAUCUUCACUUCCCACCUUCCAUAUUACUUAGUACCAAAUGGUCUGAAGAAGAAAAAGACUAAAAUUCUUUAUAUUUACAGAAAUCCCAAAGAUGUUUUGAUCUCAUUUUUUCAUUUUUCAAAUUGGUUGGUUACCUUAGAAGCUACAGAUACCAUCGAACAUUAUCUGGAAAAAUUUCUAGAUGGAAAAGUUGUAGGAAGCUGUUGGUUUGAUCACAUUAGAGGCUGGUAUGAACAUAGACAUGACUUCAACAUAAUGUUCCUGAGCUAUGAAGAUAUGAAGAAGGACCUUAGAAGCUCAGUGCUUAAAAUCUGCAGUUUCAUGGAGAAAGAACUGAGUGAAAAUGAUGUGGAUACUGUCGUGAGACAAGCUACAUUUCAGAACAUGAAAUCUGACCCACGAGCCAAUUACAAUAAUGUUAUAAAAAAUGAAAUUGGGACAAGACACAGUGGCUCUUUCCUGCGCAAAGGUACCAUUGGAGACUGGAAACAUCAUUUGACUGUGGAACAGAAUGAAAGAUUUGACAAGAUAUUCAAGAGGAACAUGGACAAAAUUCCCUUGAAGUUUGUCUGGGAUAUAAAUGAAGAAUAGAAUUCUAAUGUUUGUAUCAAAUACACAAAAGUCCAUUAAACAGAAUGCAUACUUUUAUAUCAAUAGUGACAUGUUUCUGUACGUUAAUCAUUGAAUGGCAACAAUUAUUAAGAAGCAAAACGAAUAAACUAUGCCUGUGUAAAUUGCAA